CCCUCACCCCCUCACCCCCUUCUUUUUCUGUCCUUGGAAAAUGGUGUCCAAGCUCACGUCGCUCCAGCAAGAACUCCUGAGCGCCCUGCUGAGCUCCGGGGUCACCAAGGAGGUGCUGGUCCAGGCCUUGGAGGAGUUGCUGCCAUCCCCGAGUUUCGGGGUGAAGCUGGAGACGCUGCCCCUGUCCCCUGGGAGCGGGGCCGAGCCGGACACCAAGCCGGUCUUCCAUACUCUCACGAACGGCCACGCCAAGGGCCGUCUGUCCGGGGACGAGGGCUCCGAGGACGGGGACGACUAUGACACCCCUCCCAUCCUCAAGGAGCUGCAAGCCCUCAACACCGAGGAGGCGGCGGAGCAGCGGGCGGAGGUGGACCGGAUGCUCAGCGAGGACCCUUGGAGGGCUGCCAAAAUGAUCAAGGGCUACAUGCAGCAACAUAACAUCCCCCAGAGGGAGGUGGUCGAUGUCACCGGCCUGAACCAGUCACACCUCUCCCAGCAUCUCAACAAGGGCACCCCUAUGAAGACCCAGAAGCGCGCCGCCCUGUACACCUGGUACGUCCGAAAGCAACGGGAGAUCCUCCGACAAUUCAACCAGACAGUCCAGAGUUCUGGAAAUUUGACAGACAAAAGCAGUCAGGAUCAGCUGCUGUUUCUCUUUCCAGAGUUCAGUCAACAGAGCCAGGGGCCUGGGCAGUCCGAUGAUGCCUGCUCUGAGCCCACCAACAAGAAGAUGCGUCGCAACCGGUUCAAAUGGGGGCCCGCGUCCCAGCAAAUCUUGUACCAGGCCUACGACCGGCAAAAGAACCCCAGCAAGGAAGAGAGGGAGGCCUUAGUGGAGGAGUGCAACAGGGCGGAAUGUUUGCAGCGGGGUGUCUCCCCCUCCAAGGCCCACGGCCUGGGCUCCAACCUGGUCACUGAGGUCCGCGUCUACAACUGGUUCGCAAACCGCAGGAAGGAGGAGGCAUUCCGGCAGAAGCUGGCCAUGGACGCCUACAGCUCCAGCCAGACGCACGGCCUGAACCCGCUGCUCUCCCACGGCUCCCCGCCCCACCAGCCCAGCACCUCCCCUCCCAACAAGCUGCCAGGAGUGCGCUACAGCCAGCAGGGAAACAAUGAGGUCACUUCCUCCUCAACAAUCAGUCACCAUGGCAACAGCGCCAUGGUGACUAGCCAGUCUGUUUUACAGCAAGUCUCUCCAGCCAGCCUGGACCCCGGCCACAAUCUCCUCUCACCUGAUGGUAAAAUGCAGAUCUCAGUCUCAGGAGGAGGUUUGCCCCCGGUCAGCACCUUGACGAAUAUCCACAGCCUGUCCCACCACAAUCCCCAGCAAUCUCAAAACCUCAUCAUGACCCCCCUCUCUGGAGUCAUGGCCAUUGCACAAAGCCUCAACUCCUCCCAAGCUCAGAGCGUCCCUGUCAUCAACAGCGUGGCCGGCAGCCUAGCAGCCCUGCAGCCCGUCCAGUUCUCCCAGCAGCUGCACAGCUCUCACCAGCAGCCCCUCAUGCAGCAGAGCCCGGGCAGCCACAUGGCCCAGCAGCCCUUCAUGGCCGCUGUGACGCAGCUGCAGAACUCACACAUGUAUGCACACAAGCAGGAACCCCCCCAGUAUUCCCACACCUCCCGGUUUCCAUCGGCAAUGGUGGUCACAGAUACCAGCAGCAUCAGUACGCUCACCAACAUGUCUUCCAGUAAACAGUGUCCUCUCCAAGCCUGGUGAUGCCCACACAUCACUUACUUUGUGCACAGCAACAAGGACCCUAUUUUCCACACCAUCACCCUCCAGGCAGCUGUCGCGGAAAAGCGCAGUGACCUGACAAGCAGCACCUGCGAGAGGUCCCUGCUCACCUGACGUCCUGCCAGCGCGCCUCGGACAAUCCGCUCUGAGAGGCGCGGCCCGGAGCCCAGCUUCCCUUCUAUGCAGUAUUGUCACGAUGCCUCUCCCAAGACGUCAAGCUCUCCCGUCCGGUCUGUCCUAAAGGCGGGAGAUGAGAAACCGAGGAAGAGGAAGAGAGAAAGCCGGAGCAUCUACAUUAUGCUCCUUCAUCGAACAAACUGAUGUGAAAACUUGAAUCUGUUACUGAAGUGAGGCGAGGAGGACACGUGCUAUUGAACUGAGCCAAACGCACUGUAAAUAUCAGCAGCUCCCUCCCCCGCCCCCCUCCCAGCUAAUCUGGAAAUUUCUUUUAAAGAAGUAAAUUUGUCCAAUGGGUGUAAACUAUAAACUACUGUAAUUAAGUGCAAUUUCCCCUCUACUUCCUCUCCCCUCUGCCCUGUGUAUAAUACUAAAGUGUCUAUCCGUUUUCUUCGUAAAGGUCAGAGUUGAAUUUUCAAAGUGAUUUGCCCCCUCUGCCUUCCCCCACGGAGAAGUAUCUAAGGUGGAAGUGAAGCCCCUGCCCCCUUCCUCGGGCCCGGGCACACACAGGGACUGUGUAUUUUGGACUGUCUGCUAGCUCACUCCAAUCUCCUGAUGUUAAGACACACCUCUGGACCCCUGGAAGGGCUGAGCAUAGUGUCAGAGUAACGUCCUCGCUUCCGGUGGGGUUGGGGGAUCAGCCAGUACCUCCCCAGGAAACCCCAAGACAGGGACACUGGCUGUUUGAUAGCACAAACAAAAGUUGCCCUUUCCGAAAACCUCCCAUUAAAACAAUUUAUUUUGUCACUG